UGAGGGGUUUUUGGUUUGUAGGAAUGAGUUAGAGGUGAAGAAGAAGGAAUUGAUUGAGAGUCGUCGAGGGUUGGUGUUGCAACAGAGGAAGUUGAAUGAGCAGUGUGAUGAGUUGGAGAUGAGAGCUAAGAGAAUGGUGGAGGAGCGUAAGGUUAUCACUUCUUCAUCUUCGUCGCAUUUUCAAUUUUCCAUGGAUUCUUCCAGAUUUAUUCAAAAAAAGCAGAAGCAGAAGCAGAUGAGAGAACACAAAGCAUUGAGACAGAGACACACCGCCAAGAGGUUUAUAAAUAAGGUUUUAAAAGACCUUCCGCCUCAACAUAAGGAUGCUAUCAAUGAUUUGGGGUUUGGUGGAUUCCUUCACUUAACUUUAGAUGCUCACAAUGGCAGUUUUUCUGAAGAAUUGGUCAAUAGCUUUGACCCCGAUAGAACAUCUUUGAAACUCUUCAAUGGCAAAGAGAUACUAAUAACUGAAGAGGAUGUUCAUGUAGUCUACGGCCUGCCCCAAGGUCCAGUCAAAAUUAAAGAGCCAAGAACAAAUUUUAAUUUUGAUAAAAAGGACUCUGAGGUCUCUGAUGAAGAGAGAAAAGAGAGAGAAGACAACUCACUGUUUCUAAGGCAAUGGAGGAGUCAGUUUGGGCGUUUGGGCUUGACACUGGAAGUCCAACUUUCGGUGUCCUUGUAAAAGUGAUAGAAGAACAAAAAAAACAAGAUGUGUCCACUGAGUUUUUACUGAAUUUCAUUGCAGCUGCGAUUAAUUGCUGUGUAAUGUCAACAGAUAACACAUCUGUUAAUUUCAAAUUUUUAUGUAGCUGUAAGGAUAUCACCAAAGUGAGCAAACUUGAUUGGUGUUUGUUCACAAAACAAAGCAUGACUGAAGCAGUCAGAAAAUGGAAAAAGGGAUCAUCAUAUUUCACUGGUCCACUUCCUUUCAUGAUGAUUGUCUAUUUUGAUAGACUUCAAAGAGGAGAUGCUUAUCCUCCAAGGCAAAUUCCCCUAACCUCUGUUUGGAAUAAAGACAUGAUUCAUUCAAGGAUGAAGAUUGAACUAGAACGAGGUUAUGGUCGAGGACAUGUUCUUCCAAGAAUUCCAAUGCCUGAGAUUGAGAAGUGCCUGAGAUUGGAAGAAAAUCCAAGAAUUCCAGUGCCUGAGAUUGAGAAGUGCCUGAGAUUGGAAGAAAAUCCAACUGCAUCCUUAGAAACACGGGAUUACUUUGCCCAGUUUUCAACAAUGGCAGCAACGCUGGUAAAAAAAUUUUCUGUUAUGUAUGCUUUCAUUAGCAUGUUUGAAGAUGUACAAAUACAAAAAGAAUUGAAGACCAUAAUUGUUGACAAGAUGUACAAAUACACUGAUCCAGCACAUGUUUUUGAUGAGUCAGCGUUCAUGGCUGAGCUUAAUGAAGCAUUAUCAAACAUACAAGCCAAGAACAAUCAAAACGAAGUAACUCAUAGUGACACUACAGCUUCAACACUCCAUGCUUUUUUUACUGGAGAAAACCAAGCUUCACAACUUCAAAACCAAGCAUCAGCCCUGACUGUCCAUACUUCAACAGUCCUGACUCCAACAACAGUCCAGAAGACUCAAUCUCCAACUACUCCUCCUCCGCAGAAGACUCCUCCUCCUCCUCCUCUCCCUCCCCAGACUCACACUGAAGACUCCCCAGAAGAAAACCCUCCCCAGACUCACACUGAAGACUCCCCAGAAGAAAACCAAACAAAAAAAAACGAAAAAAAAGAAAGAAUGUGAUACCACAAAAAAAGAGAGAAAAAAGGAUCACACAAAAUCUCCCACAAUGCCUACGUUCACCAUUCAUGACAAAAAAUGAACUAGUAUCCAAGACACUAAAAUGAAAUGAAAAAAUGGUUGUUGAGUAUGCAUUCGCUACUGGACCAUCUGCACUUGAGGAGCUAUACCGAGAUCCAUUAAACUACAUCAACAGGGAGGACAUGGCAACACUGGCAACACUGCAAGAAGGCAAUCAGGUGCAAAUACUAUGCGGCGAAGGUUACUUCAAGAAAUCAAAAAACACUUACGAUGAAAGAUAUAUAGCAUUCAAGGCCCGUUUAAGUGACGAAAUGAAAAACUCUAAGAUCACUACGUUUGAUAAAGUUAAUUUGGUAUUCUUCCCAGUACCUGCAUAUUAUCAUUACUACCUGUUUUGCAUCAACUUUACGAAGAAAAUACUAGAGGUGAUCGACAACAGAAAGCUGCAAAGGCACAUUUCAUUUAAAAGCAAGUAUGAGGACUUCCCACAAACAUUUUUGAAGGCAUUUGCACAAUUCCUCAAUGAAACACAAGCAGGCAAUGGAAAUUCAGUAAAAGAAUUCAAAAUAGUAACCAAACAAAUGCCAUGGAGGAACAAUGAUAAUAUCACAGACUGUGGAGUGUAUGCCCCGAAACACAUGGAAUCAUACGAAGGGCAAGAUGACUGGAAAAUAGGAGUAAACAAGAAACCUUUGCAGCGUGAUGAAAUUGCAAAACUGAGGAUGGAAUUCUGUGGGAAAAUCGUGUUGAGCGAAGAAAACACGUGCAGGGAAAAGGUAGUAGAUGCCGCAAAAGAGGCAGGAGAGCAAGGAGGUAUGUACAGGCAGGAGGGGGGCAAGUGUGCAGGGAGGUAUGUGCAGGCAGGAGGGCAAGUGUGUGCCGGCAAGAUGGAGUCUAUAAUUGUAAUAAUAACUAUAUUUCAUAACAUAGACUUAACUAUGUUAUGUCCGGUUCAGGGACAAUGAUCUCUCAAUGUCCGGUUCUUAUCACUAAAAUAAGUACAAUGAAGUUAUCACUAAAAAGGCUAUUUUUUUCAUUUCUGCCAAACGAUGAAAACCUAUAUCAAUACAAGAUCCACCAUCCUUCAUUUGCUUCACAGUUCACACAUUAUAUGAUAAACUGUAAGGAUUUAAGCCAUGAUAAACUGUAAGGAUUUAAGCCUAUGAGGAGCAUUAUGGAGGCUCAUGAGGACAGACGACCGACAAAGAGCACAGAGGUUUUCCCCUUGCACGUGGGUCGAGUAGCUCCAUGCAGACGAAUUACUUUUAGUAGCACCAAUUGAAGAGUGUUCUCAUUCAGACUUUGUCUAUAAUGAUCUAAUAAUGAGAAAGCAACUCUUGCCGAUACAUUUGGUGUAAAAGUUUAGAACAUUUGGUAUAAAAUUUUGGAACAUUAUACCAACGUUUGGAACAUUUGGUAUAAAAGUUUAGAACAAUAAAGUUAUGAACAGUUAGGAA